UGUCUUCACUGUCUGCGGCCUCGGUUGCCGGAAAUUGCAAAUGAUGGGAGGACGUAGGGCUCAUAGUGAGGCUGACAGUGAUUGGGUUGUGCGGCGCAUCUUUUGUAUGGGUUAAUUAGGGUCGGUACUGUACGUGUAGGAGCCGGGCACGGCAGGUGUUCAGGCAUGUGAUUGGCUGCUGGGUGUAUAGUAAUAUAGUAAUUACGGUACUGGCUGUGUGUGACAUAUACUAAAUACAUUAUGGCAGGUGUCUGAGUAAUGAUAAUAUCGUAUCAGAAUUAUGUGCUGUAAAUUAUAAAGGGUUCCCAUUGUCUGUAAGGGAAUAUGCACUUUAAACAGGAGUAAUUUGCACUACCAUGUAUUUCCAUUGCUAACAGGCACUGAGCUACUGUAUAUAUCAGUAUAUGUCUGUGAUUGGGCCCAGGGGUAGGUAGUGACAGGGGCACUGAGCUACUGUAUAUAUCAGUAUAUGUCUGUGAUUGGGCCCAGGGGUAGGAAGUGACAGGGGCACUGAGCCACUGUAUAUAUCAGUAUAUGUCUGUGGUUGGGCCCAGGGGUAGGUAGUGACAGGGGCACUGAGCCACUGUAUAUAUCAGUAUAUGUCUGUGGUUGGGCCCAGAGGUAGGUAGUGACAGGGGCACUGAGCUACUGUAUAUAUCAGUAUAUGUCUGUGAUUGGGCCCAGGGGUAGGAAGUGACAGGGGCACUGAGCUACUGUAUAUAUCAGUAUAUGUCUGUGAUUGGGCCCAGGGGUAGGAAGUGACAGGGGCACUGAGCCACUGUAUAUAUCAGUAUAUGUCUGUGGUUGGGCCCAGGGGUAGGAAGUGACAGGGGCACUGAGCUACUGUAUAUAUCAGUAUAUGUCUGUGAUUGGGCCCAGGGGUAGGUAGUGACAGGGGCACUGAGCCACUGUAUAUAUCAGUAUAUGUCUGUGGUUGGGCCCAGGGGUAGGUAGUGACAGGGGCACUGAGCUACUGUAUAUAUCAGUAUAUGUCUGUGAUUGGGCCCAGGGGUAGGAAGUGACAGGGGCACUGAGCUACUGUAUAUAUCAGUAUAUGUCUGUGAUUGGGCCCAGGGGUAGGAAGUGACAGGGGCACUGAGCCACUGUAUAUAUCAGUAUAUGUCUGUGAUUGGGCCCAGGGGUAGGAAGUGACAGGGGCACUGAGCCACUGUAUAUAUCAGUAUAUGUCUGUGGUUGGGCCCAGGGGUAGGAAGUGACAGGGGCUGAUGUGGCUGGUCAAUGGCAGAGAGCAGGGGAGGUGAUGAAGGUGUGAAGGUCUCUCUCUGGGGUUAUAGCUGGGAAUGAUGAUCUCCCACAGAGACACAGGGGACCUGGCACGCUUCUACACCGUCACCGAUCCCAGGAGGCACCAGAAAGGCUUCACCAUCUAUAAAGUCACCGCACGGAUUGUGUCGCGGAAGAAUCCUGAGGAUGUUCAGGAGAUAGUUGCUUGGAAGCGAUACAGUGACUUCAAGAAACUACACAGAGAUCUCUGGCAAAUCCACAAGAAUCUCUUCCAGCAGCAAGAGCUCUUUCCCCCGUUUGCCAAAGCAAAACUCUUUGGGAGGUUUGAUGAGAGUGUGAUUGAGGAGAGAAGGCAGUGCGCCGAAGAUUUGCUCCAGUUCUCCGCCAACAUCCCAGCGCUCUAUAACAGCAGCCAGCUGGAAGAUUUUUUUAAGGGUGGAGAGGUGCAUGAUGGAUCUGAUCUGAUAGGCCCAGCAGAACCUCUUACAGAUUUGACAGACAGCAUUUCAGAUUGCAGCUCUGACGUGAGAAAGGAUUCAUGUGCGCUUGAUGACCUGACUUUUACCAGCGUAUCUGAAUGUGGAGGUCUCUCCAGUGACAGUGACUUGAUCUCUUUGACGGUGGAUAGAGACUCUUUGUCUGGGAUAGAUGAUGGAAUGGCCUCCAAUCAGACUUCACCUAGUAAAUUCCUUGGGGUUCUUCCAUCCCCUGAGUCUAGCAUUCAAAGCGUCUUUGCCUCUAGUCAUGAGGGGGCCAAAGCUGAGGGAGAAAGAGAUAGACGAAGCUCCUUUCCAGCGAGGCUAAAGCAGAAGCUGAUCAAGCCUGACUACCUGACCAAGGCUGGCUCACUGAUAACCAUGGCCAUGAAGAAGGAGUCAGAGCAGGACUAUGGAUCUGCCAUUGAGUUUUACAAGAAAGGCGUUGAUCUUCUCUUGGAAGGUGUACAAGGAGAGCCAAGUCCGACACGGCGGGAAGCGGUGAAAAAGAAGACUGCCGAGUAUCUGAUGCGUGCGGAAAGUAUCUCCAGCCUGUGCCUUAAGCGCUCGCCAGAGGAGCUUAGUGCUCCUCCAGGAGCACUAAGUUCAAGGCCCUCUUGGAACCUAAGGAGUCCUGCAGAGGAACUGAAGGCCUUCAGAGUCCUUGGGGUGAUUGACAAGGUUUUACUUGUUUUGGAUACAAAGACACAGGAGACCUUUAUUCUAAAAGGUCUGAGAAAAAGCGAGCACUGUGCAACCAGAAAGACUAUCAUUCCCCGCUGCGUGCCCAACAUGGUGUGUCUGCGGGAGUACAUCAUCUCAGAAGAGUCGGUGUUCCUUGUGCUUCAACAUGCAGAAGGUGGGAAAUUAUGGAACUACUUGAGUAAAUUUUUUAGUAUUAGUGCUGAAGAAAGCUUUGAUAUUCCUCCCUCCAAGAGCUCCAAUUCAGAUGAAGACCUUCUAAAACAUCUUGCUCCUUGCUCUAAAAGCAGCCUCGACUCCAGGGGAAGCAGUGAUAGAAACAUGCUGUCAGUGCAACCGCUGCAAAGUAGCUUUACACUGAGCUCACAAGACGACAGUAGCACCCAAGACGAGGAAGGAAGGGAAAGUCCUCUUAAGUGGGCUGAUUCCGCAUCAAGUUCUGACGAGGAGUGUACCACAAGCUAUCUAACCCUCUGCAGAGAGUACAGCCAGGAGAAGGUGGAACCUGACACAAUAAGUGUAGAGCCUUUACUUAGCCUGGAUGAACAGGGAGAUACCCCCCAAGACUUUAUAGAUUUGGAAGAGCCACAUUGCACAACUUACAAUGCUUUAAAGUCUCAGAUGACUUGCGAGGAACCUUUAUUUAAUGACGAGAGUGGACACAGUGCGCCAAAGCCAAUUAUGAUGGCUGACGCACUGCGAAAAUCGAGGGACAGUCCCAUGGAAUUUUUCCGAAUUGACAGUCGGGAAAGCAACAGUGAUUUUGGAGAUCAUGGCUCAAAGGCAGGAACUGUUGAGCCAUAUCCCCCUUUCCAAGAUGAUCUUGAUGAUAAUGAAUUUGAGCCAGAAAGACCACAUGUUGGCACCUCCGUUAAAAUCACUCAUGAUGCAAUAAGCAGGGGCUCAAAUGAUUCUGUUCCGGUCAUUUCCUUCAAAGAUGCCGCUUUAGAUGACAUUUGCAGCAUCGACGAAGGAAGGCCAGACCUUCUAGUCAACCUGCCUGGCACUGAACAAAUGGACGAAACUCAAGUCGUUUUUCAGAACAACAUUUUGGAAACUGAUAUAAUAGAGCCCAAGCUUUUAGAAACCCCCGAUGUUUUACUGGUUAAUAACAGUUUGGAGCAAUUAACGGGGCUUGAUGCAAAUCCACUUGAGACUGUUGAGCAAACAUGGGGCCCCCAUUCACAAAUCAUUGAACAAUGUCAAGUCAACGCGAACAACAAGGAAUCUUCUGCAUCUGCUCCUAUUGAGCCAUUAGAAUCAAGGGGUGCUUUGAGUGAUUUAGACACCUUAUUACCAGCAUCGUUGACUUUUCCUUUACCAUAUUCCACUGAUACCGAAGGGAUCUCCCAAGUUCCUUGUGAGAGCUCUUCAGAUGUAAAAAACGUCUGUGGUCCUCAAGAAACACUGCCUUUGGCCAAUUCCGAUGAGUUAACUUCUACCCUGGUGCAGCUAAAGAUCAAAAUUGAGGAUACAGAUGCAGCCAUUGAUGGCAAAAGGGAAUUUCGGGAGGAGAAGGAGAUCCAUAAACUGUUCCAGGAACUUGAUGCCAAACUGUCAGCCGCAUCUAACGUUAUCAUCCCGGAGACCUGCAUUCAGAGAUGGGCCGCAGAAAUAGUUCUGGCUCUCGACGCUCUACAUGGGGAAGGAAUAGUGUGUCGCGAUUUGAACCCAAACAACAUCUUAUUGAAUGAUAGAGGACACAUUCAGCUAACGUAUUUCAGCAGGUGGAGUGAGGUUGAAGAUUCGUGUGACAGCGAUGCAAUAGAGAAAAUGUACUGUGCCCCAGAGGUCGGAGGGAUAUCGGAGGAGACGCAGGCCUGUGAUUGGUGGAGUUUGGGCGCUCUUCUCUUUGAACUUCUCACCAGGAAGGCCCUGGCAGAGUGCCACCCAGCAGGAAUAAACACCCACACGACUGUGAGCGUGCCCGAGUACGUGUCCAAGGAAGCCCGUGCUCUCGUGCAGCAGCUUUUGCAGUUCAACCCAAUGGAGCGACUUGGUGCUGGAGUUGCAGGAGUUGAAGACAUCAAAUCUCAUCCUUUCUUUGCUGGUGUCGAUUGGGCGGAGCUUGCAAGAUGAAACUUUUUUUUUACGUGUCGUUAAAUAGGAACAGUCAUUCGCUUCAGUUGGACCCGUACAUAGGAAGAGCAAUGAGAGCAAAGGUUCUAAUAAUGUUUUGCCACUGAAUUUGACCUACUUGGGGAGAAGUGAUGCAAACAGUGCUGUGCGUUUCUCACUUACACACCUCUCUGUUGACCUAGCAACAUUACUCAAGUUACAGUAUGAGAUAUCAACGUUUACAGUAAAACGUAUGGUGAGAUAGAAUGGAAGGGAUAGAAUGUUUUGCAUGUUGCUUGGUGUGAAUCCAAGCAAUAUCAAUAUUUACAGUAGAACAAAGUAUGGUGAGAUAGAAUGAAAGGGAUAGAAUGUUUUGCAUGUUGCUCGGUGUGAAUCUGAGCGAUAUAAAUAAUUACAGUAUAACAAAGUAUAGUGAGAUAGAAUGAAAGGAAUAGAAUGUUUGCUGUUGCUCGGUGUGAAUCCAAGGAUACAAAGAUUUUCAGUAGAUCAAUGUAUGGUGAUAUAGAAUGAACGGGAUAGAACAUUUUGCAUGUUGCUCGGUGUGAAUCUGAGCGUUAUCAAUAUUUACAGUAGAACAAAAUAUGGUGAGAUAGAAUGAAAAGGAUAGAUUUUUUGCUGUUGCUCGGUGUGAAUCCAAGAUAUACCAAGAUUUACAGUAGAACAAAGUGUAGUGAGAUAGAAUGAACAGGAUAGAACAUUUUGCUGUUGCUUGGUGUGAAUCUGAGGGAUACCAAGAUUUACAGUAGAACAAAGUGUGGUGAGAUAGAAUGAACGGGAUGGGACAUUUUGCUGUUGCUUGGUGUGAAUCCGAGGGAUACCAAGAUUUACAGUAGAACAAAAGUGUAGUGAGAGAAUGAAAUGGAUAGAAUGUUUUGCUGUUGCUUAACAUGAAUCCAAGGGCUAGAUCAGACAUUAAAUAGGAAUGCGGAACCUAGAACGCUUCAGAAUGCUGCAGGUUGAACGUCCUGUGUAUAUACUGAAAAUACAUUUUAUCCAUUGCACAAUCCAAUAUGCCCUUUGUACUUUUAUCUACCUUCUCCCACCAAGGGGCCCCCUGUGAUGCAAGUCCCUCCCCUGUUGCUUUGGAUCUCGUAUGCAAAGGACACCCUUCUCCCACGCAAGGGGUUAAUAGGUGAAACUAGAACUAAAUGACACCUUGCAACAAUUAGACUAUAAUAAAGACAUUUAUUGGUUGUAGA